GCUGUACCUACGGGAUAUGCUGCACACGGAAGAUGCCCUCAAAUCAUGGACUGGCAGUGGGCAGAUCGUCAACUUCAAGAAAAUGAGGAGAAUUGCCGAGAGUGCGUGGGAAAUCUACCGAUGUCAGGAGAUCGUGCCGUCGCACGUGCAGUUACCAAAGCUAAACACUAUAAUCAAAGGAUUUCUUGGAAACGAGGUCAAGGAAGAGGAACUAUACGCUAUGUCGUACAAAAUCAUGCCCCGUGACUCCCAUAGCAGUUCAAAAACCACAAAAUCAAAGCAAACAACUCAGCCCAUCAUCACCAUAUCACAAACCAUUGUCAACAAGGGGCGUUCACGGCGGCCCAAGAAAAUAUCCAUACACUCACAAUCCAGUGUGCACAUCUCGACGCACCCGACGACCCCGCAUAGCGAGGCUGUGGUUAACCUCAUCGUGGAGCUACUCAUGCAGAGAUGGGGAGAGGAGAAGAAUGAGACCAUUCCGGACACCAAUCUCGACGACAUGACUGACGCACUCACCGAAUUGAAAGACCAUGACCCUCUGUGUAAAGACAUUGCCAGACCCGUCACGAAACAGCAGCUUGGCAUCCUAAUCGAGUCGUUAUGGGGUCAGGCGGCACACGUUCCCAAGAAGAAGUUCGCUACCCUUGGCAAAUCGAGGAGUAAAGUCAAGUCACACAGGAUUAUACAGCAAUUAUGGGAAUACCUGCAUGUGGAAGAACAGAUGGCUGUCCGAGAAGAACUAUAUCCAAUCGAAGCAAGAGACCGAGACAGUGCCAUGGACCUACGGAGCAUCCUCAACAGUCCGAAGGCAAGCCGCAUGCGACGCAGAGGAUUUAGCAACUCAGUGGAGGCACAGGCUACGAUGAAAAUUCGGAGGCCCUCAGCGGACACAGUAACUUCUAAUGGAAGCAAGAGCGGUGUUAACAGUAGGAAAAUGAGCUUGGCUAGUCUUGCGGGUAAACUAGACAGGAAAGAGAAAGACGAAGGGAAGGACCUGCCGUCACAAGUUGAGACGGGCACCGCUUAAUGAUCAUGCAAGUCUUUAAGUUCUGAGUAUGACAUUUCGCCGCAAGCAGUAGCGCUGACUUCGUAGAUAUCCUAGAAAGUGGUCACGCACAAGGCACAACAGCAUCACUUCCACUGGUAUAUUCAUUUUGGCACCCAUACUAAGAUUCGAGAUAUUUAGUGCAACGUUUAGACAUACACAGUUCACUUGAGGUGGUAUGAUUAUACACCGCUAAGCACAUAGGACGGCCUGGCGUGUCGCCCAUGCUUCCACAGUAUUAAAGCAUGCAAGAAAGGUCCGCUGACAAUGCUGUAUUGUAUACAUUUACUGUUGGUGGCCUUGGAUCAGACCGUAGAGUUUAGGCCUAUAGACUCAAGCAUGUAAUAAAUCAGAAUCUUUUACUAUCCAUAGCUUCAUGUGCAACUUGUAUGCGUGUAAAAAGAUUGUGUAUUCUCACAAACAAUAUCGGCAACUAGCACUGGGGACAUCAGCAUCCAACAUCCAUACAAUUGAAUGAAAGAAAGGCG